AAAUGCUUUCUUUUUUCUUUGAUAUCCAAAAAUAAUGCUCCCUCUCCAGAAGUUGUAUGAGGAUGAAGUUGGGAUCAACCUCAAAGAAAUAGGCUUUUCUUCUCUUACUUAUUUCCUACUCUAAAGUAUGGCACAAAAAAUAAUUUGUAUCAUGGAGAACUAAUAUGUUGGGAAAUCCCAGUAAGCAAUAGAGUAGCACUCUGGGAUUGGAAGUAGCAACAAAAAGACAAAAGAGAAGCUCCUCAACACUGAUUCAGGUUCUUCUCUGGCUUCCCCUGCCCAGAAAUCCAGGGCAGAAGAUGGGCACAGAUGGUUCUUGACCCCUAAUGAAUAUCCUAGGUGCUUUUCCUACCAGUAUAGCAGCACAGCAAACCUGUCCCAAAUUUGAGACAAAGAGAUUUGGUUCAGAGCUGAGACUCCACUGGUAUAUACGUCAUUUAAUUAUCCUGUUAGUGUCCUGGACCCUGCUGACUGUGUGGAGGGAGUUUGUCUCAUCUCUGUCCUGAUGGGUUGUGUGAAAAUUUGUAGGGAUCUUAAAGGCCCUCAAGAAUGGAGGCCCUGGAGUCUCUAUUGCUCUUUAAAGGGCAGACAAGAAGGACUAGAAAUAACGAAAUAUAGGAUGAGAAUUCCUCCUUGUCUAAAACUGAACUAUCUUGGGGAGCUACCAAGUAUCUGGAGAGCUACCAACGGAGCUCCCUGAAAUUUCACAGUUUGCAGAAAAAGAUCCUAAAUGUGGAGCAAAUGGGCGAUACCAUCAGAAUACCACAAGCAGGUUCUCCAAAGAGGGGACCCAGGGCUACCCAGCCACCCGGCCUUUUUUAUCAUAUCUUUCUUCUUUUUAAAAUUAAUUUAUUUAGAAUAUUUUUCCAUGGUUACAUGAUUCAUGAUUUUUCCCACUCCUCUUCCCUUCCCCCUCCAGGAGCUGACAAGCAGUUCCACUGGGUUGUACAUGUAUCAUUGUUCAAAACCUAUUUCCAUAUUAAUAUUUGCAAUAGAGUGCUCAUUUAAAGUCAAAAUCCUCAGUCAUAUACCCAUUGAACCACUUGAUGUUCUUUCUCUGCAUGUGGAUAGCGUUCUUUCCCACCUGUCCUUCUAAAAAGAAACGGAAUAAAAAGAAAGUGCCCGAUCCCAGUCCUGGUACACUUGAGAUGUUUGAGCAAUAUCUUAGAGGUCUAAACCGAUGGCCUACUCCCCACUCUCAGGCCGCAGAGCUGUCUUUGCCCAGGGCUGAGUUUGAGGUUGUAGGAAGCUCCAAGCGAUCUGGGAAGCCAGGAAUAGAGGAUAAUGGGACCCCCCCCCCCCUUUGGCUCACAUGGUGGGUGGAUGGAGAGAUCUAGAGUCAGAAAAGCUCCACCCUGCCAGGAAAGUCAAACUGCCAAUCUGCUGUUCUUGAUUACCUGAUUGCCCAGUCAGGCGCCUCUGGGGCCCCUGCUUGGGAGCUGUCACAAAAGCCUCCAAUGUAUUUUUUCAUCAAUAAAUACACCCAUUUCCACUGCCUCCAGUCACUAUACUUUGCAAGUUCCUUAAAUAUACAGAAAGACAGCAAACCUCUACAUAAACCCCAUCAGGACAGUCAGUUAUGGUUAACCUGUGUGGGGAAGGAGGGGCGCUGUGCACUCAUUCUGGUGGACAUUUGGGUACCUGAAGGCUGUCGGGUGAGUGUUGUCUUCUCUGUUAAUGCUUGUUGCCUGGAGUCAGCUGAAGCUCACCCGGCCCUUUCUGAGCCUUAACUGCCAAGGUGUGAGGUUGGGUGUCUCCUUCUCCCCAUUUGUGACUUCCCCUGCUAGGGCUCUAGGGCAGGGUAUGGUGGGUGGCCUCCUCUUCCAAUGAGACCACCUGUGAAAAGUGAAAAGAAAGGAAAUGGGCCCAAACUUGGGGGGAUGUGGUUGGUUCUCAGCCGCUGGAAGAGACCCCUCACAAGCGGCUGCCCCCUCAGCCCUGCCCAGGGUCACCUCAAGACAUCACGUCUGGGAAGGGCUCUUUGCACAGACUCUUCGGCCUCCUCAGUUCCCUGGGACCAAUGCCGGGCCUCUCCCUUUGCUCCAAGGGGCUCCUGUUCCUUUGCACUCUGUCUGGCUUCUGGGAUCCUGCCUCGCUUGCCUCCUCCGUCCUGGAGGCAGAAAAUGUUCCCUCUGGGGAUGAGCAGUCUCUCAGUGGCGGAAGCUGCACUGACCAUCCUACUCUCCCUGGGGCUGCUGCUCAGCGUGGCCCAACACCUCUGGACCUUGCGCUGGACUUUGAGCAGAGACCGGGCAUGCGCUCUGCCCCUUCCCAAGGGUUCUAUGGGCUGGCCCUUUUUCGGAGAGACGCUGCACUGGCUGGUUCAGGGCUCCAGGUUCCACAGCUCUCGUCGGGAGCGCUACGGGACGGUAUUCAAAACGCACCUGCUGGGCAAGCCAUUGAUCCGCGUGAGCGGCGCCCAGAACGUGCGCACCCUCCUCCUGGGCGAGCACCGCCUGGUGAGCAGCCAAUGGCCUCAGAGCGCGCGCAUCCUGCUAGGCUCUCACACGCUUCUGGGGGCAGUCGGAGAGCCCCACCGGCAGCGGCGCAAGAUUCUGGCCCGAGUAUUCAGCCAUGCGGCACUAGAAAGCUACAUGCCGCGCAUCCAGGCCACGCUGCGGCGGGAACUUUGGACUUGGUGCGGGGUCCCAGGACCAGUCUCGGUGUACUCGGCCACUAAGGCUUUGACCUUCCGCAUCGCCGCGCGGAUCCUGUUGGGUCUGCGCCUGGAAGAAAGCGAAUGCAACGAGCUGGCCAAGACGUUCGAGCAACUCAUGGAAAACCUCUUUUCUCUGCCUCUGGAUGUGCCCUUCAGCGGACUGCGCAAGGGGAUUCGAGCCAGGGACCUGCUACAUGAGCACAUGGAGAAAGCCAUUCGGGAGAAAUUGCAGAGGAGUGAGCCUGGAGGACAAAAGGAUGCUCUGGAUUUCAUCAUCAACAGUGCCAAAGAACAAGGCUGGGAACUCACCAUGCAGGAACUGAAGGAGUCGGCCAUUGAACUGAUCUUCGCUGCCUUCUUUACAACUGCAAGCGCGACCACGUCCCUCCUCCUCCUCCUCCUGAAAUAUCCUUCCUCCAUAGAGAAAAUCAGGCAGGAGCUGGCUUCCCACGAACUGACCAGACAGUGUUCUUGCUGGCCUCCUCUGGGCCUCCCAGAUUUCCGCAGGCUAGAAAAGGCCCCGCAUUCAAAGGAACCCCCGGGAAACCGGGGCUCUCAGCAACCCUUGUUCUCCAGAGAGGAAGAGAAACGGAGGACACCUGGAGGCAGGCCAGAAGUGGGCGGAAAGACUAGCUCUGUUCUUCAUCCGCCUCUCGUACCCGCAGCUGCUGGGUCGCAAGAGAAAACGAGCCCUGGGAACGGCUGCCUGAACCCCAAGCCGGGACGAGCGGACAGCGAGCGCUCCUGUCCCGGGCUGGAGGUAUCGAGGUGGCCCGAAUGUGAGUGCGAUCCUGACCUCACCCUGGAGAAGCUGAGCCGCCUUCACUACCUGGACUGCGUAAUCAAGGAGGUCUUGCGCCUCCUGCCGCCAGUGUCCGGGGGCUACCGCACCGCGCUGCAGACCUUCGAGCUGGACGGCUACCAGAUCCCCAAAGGCUGGAGUGUGAUGUACAGUAUCCGCGACACUCACGAGACCGCGGCCAUCUACCGGAGCCCGCCCGAGGGGUUCGACCCGGAGCGCUUCGGCUCAGCUUGGGAAGAGCAUCGGGCGGCUGGACGUUUCCACUACAUUCCGUUCGGCGGCGGCGUGAGGAGUUGUAUCGGCAAGGAGCUGGCCCAGGCCAUCCUCAAGCUGUUUGCUGUGGAGCUGGUGCGUACCGUGCGCUGGGAGUUGGCCACGGCCAGCUUCCCGGACAUGCAGACCGUGCCGAUCGUGCACCCAGUGGACGGGCUCCAGGUCUUUUUCUACCCACUCCCGCCCUCCUGCGGCCAGGAGCUGGUGAGCUUCUGACCUGCCAGCAGGGGCAGGACUCGGCCCCAGGAAGCGACUCGCCUGAGAUAAGCCCGAAGAGAGCACAUCUUCUCCAGGGAGUCGUCCCUCUCUGCCUUCUAAUUCUACGCUCUCCCCUUUGUCCCCCGCCCCCUCCAAAACCCCAACAACAACUUCCUGCUGAGCUUGUGCAAGGAGAGUUCCCUGAACCCAGCAUCUACCCCCAUAUCGGGUCUCAGGGAGAGCUUUAGACAGGGAUGGUCUCCUCUCCCUGAAAUCCAAAGAGCAAGCAGCUCCCAGAGGCUUGGGGAAGAAGCCAACAUCAGAGCUCAGAGUGGACCACCGCAGGAGAUAAAGGUCUCUGUAGAGUCCAGAGGGGCCCAGUGGGCUGAGGCUGAAACACUCAGGGAAAACAUGGGAAGAGCAACCUGGCGAGAGUUCCUGCCCUCUGUGGUAGAUUGUAGUCACUUAGUGCUGUCCCACCUGGCUAGAUACAUUAUAGCAACAUUUCACCUUAGGCUACAUCGGAGAGAGAGAGACAGAGAAAGAACUUUCUAAGUGAAUUGGGGGGGGGGGGGAGCGGGGGAGCUGGUCCUUUGGUAGAACUGCUGCUGCUAGACCCAUCCCAGGCCUAUUUAUUCUACUGAACAAAAGGCCAGCUACUGACGUUUAGAGAGGAAAACCUCCAAUUUGAGCUCUGGUGGACCAACAGUGUCCCCACUCAUUCAGGCAAUUUUUCCUCUCCAUCCAAACAAUUAUGGAGCAUAUUAUACAGAUAAGUAGCCUUGAAGAUUUAAUGUUUUUAGAAUUUGUGGAAUGUUAAUCCACCAUUAAUUGAGAAAUCAAAUGGCAGUAGUGUGUAAGGAAGGCCUGAUUUCUUCCAAGUCUUGUCUCUGACACAUCCUGGCUGUAAGACUCUGGGCAAGUUACUUAAUUUCUCAGUGACCCAGGCACCUCUCUUAGAAAUAGAGCUUUUAAGAUCAACAUAACUUCUUCCCCUCCCACUCUGCAAUCCAUAUCCCUGCAAGAUCCAUAAUUAGAAUGGAUUUUAGAUAUUUGUGCUAAAUGCAGAGUUUAGAGAAUAAACUUCUGAGUUACUGAGGCUUUGGCUCAGAGAUGAAAACACAGAUGACAUUAUUGGGGGAUGUUCUCCUGAGCUUUUGGGGACAGAAACCAGAACAGGAAAAGAGUGCCUUGGUCAGGAUGAGAAUCUGCUUAGCUACUCAGAGGAUACUCCACCAUACUAUCAGGGGUUUAAUCAGAGGGAAGAUGUGGAACCAGGUCUUUGGAGAGGUCUGCCAGGCUCAUUUCUAGGAUUGGAAACCAGUCCCAAACCCAAGGCAAUGAAUAAAGCUGGGAUAUAUUUGCUGAUCAGCUAGUUGUUUGACCUUGGGAAGUCAUUUCACCUGAGUCUUAUCUCUGAAAGGGGCAGGAAUUAGAUAAGAUGAUCCCUAAGGUACCUCUAUAAUAAAGAGUGGGAAUCAAGUAAAUAUAUAUUUAUCUGGUGCCUACUAUGUGCCAGGCAAAUAAGCACUGGGGAUACAAAGGAAGACAAAAAGCAGUCCCUGUUCUCAAUGAGCUAAGUCUAAUGGGGGUGAGGGUGGAGAAGGGACAAUAUGCAAACAACUAUGUACAAACAUACACAGAUAUGGGAUAAAUUGGAGAGAAUAGAGGCAUAAGCAUUAAGGUGAUGAUGAUGAUGAUGUGUGUGUGUGUGAGAGAGAGAGACAGACAGAUACAUAGUUCUAAUCAUUCACCAGAUUCAUUUUAGAUCUAUCAGGGAACCAUGUCAUCUUUUACUCAGAAGAACUUUUCACUAGGAGGUAUCAAAGAAAAAAAAAUUAAUACUAAUACUGUACUAUGGGAUUUAGGCAAGUCUUCCAGAAAUGGUUUUAUUAUCAUUAAUAUCCAGACAAUUAUUAACCAAGAGAAAGUAAUCCAGUGUGAUCUACCAUGCCCUAUGAUGUGACUUGGCCCUAAAAUAAUUUCAGAUAACAUUCACAUGAAUCUUGUACAGGGAAAGGAUAUGUUAAAUUAUAGCUUGCAUUAAUAUUCCAUAAUUUAGCAUAAAUUAUGGCUAUUAACAAGUUGUCAUUUGAUCCCAGGUAAGUCUUCUCACUUCUCAAGACUUUAGUUUCUUUCCCUGUAAAAAGAGGGGAUUGGAUCAGUAUUGGCAAAGGUUUUCAAUUUCACAUAUCCAAACUGCAACUUCAAGCUACCUGUGAGCCCCCUGAAUUACCCCAGAGAGUGGAAGGAGGAAGUAUAUGCUUUGGGUGGCUGGACAGAGGGGCAGGGCAAGGGAAAACAAAUGUCCUCAAGUGCUGGGAAGAGGGGGAACCAAGCAGCUACCCCAGUGCUGGCUCAGCAGGCUUGACAAUGCUUCACCAAUGCUGGACAAGAUGAUUUCUGAGGUCCCUUCCAGCUGACAUUCUAUAAAAUUACCCUGGGGAUGAAAUUUUCACUCCUAAAUCCAGGUCAAGGGGCCCAGACCUAGAAACAUCUAGUAAUUCAGAUAUAGCUGAAAUUUCCUUGAUUGUAGCAUUCAGCAGCAUGCUUCUGUCCUUUAUAAAUAAACAGAAUCUUAAUACCUUAUUAGUAAUUAAAGUGUUAAAUCAAUACACUUCUAGUUAAGGGUCUUCAGGCAGGGCAUAAGUGACAGAGGACUGACCUUGGAAUCUGGAAGGCCAGAGUUUCAAGUCCUGGCUAUGACACAUACAUGCUAGCAGUGGGGUUUAGGGAAAGUUGCAGCCUCUCAGUGCCCCAGGUUGCACUCUGCUACACCUGAACUUCAUCUGUAGGGGACUGUGCCACAGGAAAAAGUGGGUAGAGUGCUUGACUUCAAGUCAGGAAGAUGUGGGUUUGAAUCUAGCUUCUGACACUUAUUAGAUGGAUCAGACCCUGGGCAAACCAAUCACCUCUGAACUCAAUUUUCUUCUCCGUGAAAUUAUGAUAAUAAUAGCACCUGCCUGCAAGGGCUUCUUCAAAUGACAUAAUUUGCGACUUACUGCCUUUAUGAUUUUGAAUAAGUCAUAUAACUGCCCCCAAACCUAAUUCCCCAUUUAUGAAGGCAACUAGGUAUUGCAGUGUUGGACCUGGAAUCAGGAAGGCCUUAGUUCAAAUCCAGCCUUAAAAAUUUACUUGCUGUAUGACCCUGAGCGAGUCACUUAACUGCUCUUUGCCUCAGUUUCCCAAGUUGUAAAAUGGGAAUAAUAAUAAUAACAGCUUCUACAUCCUGGGGAUAAAAUGAAAUAUGUAAAUAAAGCACUUCAAACAUUUUAAGUGACUAUAUAGAUUAUUAUUCUCAUCAUCUCUAAAAAUGAAGGUGGUCGGCUAGAUGAUCUUUUCUAGUUUUAGACCCAUAAUCCUAUAAAUGUGAACUAUUGAUCAAACUACAGGUCCAGACCUCUCCCUCUAAGCAAUCAGUCCCAUCCUCAAAGAACUGAUACUUAUGUGUGCAUGCUCAUUCUACUCCAGUAGCUGAAAACUCUUUCAUAUUUUAGUAAAUAAUCUUGGGAGUUACUGUGUGUGUGAAAAAUUAGUCACUUUGCUCCCCAGUAUGGUGAUGAGUUUCUCUUAGUUUAGCUAGGCUGAUCUUGACCAAUAAAUGACAACCACCAGAGCCUAUGGGACACUUCCUACGGGGAGAUUAAAAAAAAUAAUAAUAUAGCAUCUAGUGUGUUUAUCUGUGUAUCCACACAUUUACAGGUAUGCAUAUCUGCUCAAAGUUUCCGCCUUACUUUUAGACUUUGGACCUGGCAGUUAUCCUGAAGUCGCCCAGGAGAGCUCGCUCACAGCCUGGCCAGUCUUCUUUCACGGCAUCCUACAUACAACCUGUCACCCACCCAGUGGCCUGAUAUGGUUCUUAGAUGUGACAGGUCAUCCCAGGAAAAGGUCGGGCUAAAAGUCUGAACUGAGCGCUGUUGGCAGGUUGACCCUUUAGUGAACCAGAAGGAAGCCCCUGCCCUCCUGACCUUGUGUUUAAGGUAAAUCUCUGUGGCCAAAGGAGGGGAAAGCAGUAGGCGGUGGGUAUGAGUGUCAAUGACUAACUUUAAUUAGG